CAGCACAAACUUUAUCAUCUCCCCAAAAUGAUAAAACCGCCGCUAACUUGCGCACUGUUCGUCGUCCUGCUAACCUACGCCGUUCCGGCCAUCUCCACAGCAUCCAUCUCAAACAAUAUUAUACGCCAAGUCACCGACGUCCUCACCGGAGACAACCAUGCCCUCGUCGGCACCGCCACGGAGAGGCAGUUCAUUUCGUUCAUCAACAAGUACGGGAAGGAGUACAGUACGAGAGAGGAGUACAUGCACCGCCUCGGGAUCUUCGCGAAGAAUAUGAUGAGGGCGGCGGAGCAUCAGGCGCUUGAUCCCACGGCUGUGCAUGGGGUGACCCAGUUCUCUGAUUUGUCGGAGGAGGAGUUUGAGGCCAGGUUUCUGGGUGUUCAGGGGGGGAAGAGUGGGACCCUGUUGGGCGGCGGUGGGGAGGCUCCGGUGCUGGAUGUGAAGGACUUGCCGGAGAGUUUCGACUGGAGGGAAAAAGGCGCUGUUACCCCUGUCAAGAUGCAGGGGUCAUGUGGAUCAUGCUGGGCUUUUAGCACCACUGGUUCAAUUGAGGGAGCCAACUUCAUUGCCACUGGAAAGCUUAUCAACUUAAGCGAGCAACAACUAGUAGAUUGUGAUCACACGUGUGAUGCCACGGACAAGAGGGCUUGUAACGAUGGAUGCUCAGGAGGCCUUAUGACAAAUGCUUAUGAAUAUUUGAUCAAGGCUGGAGGCAUCCAAGAAGAAGAGGCCUACCCUUAUACAGGGAAGCCAGGGGAGUGCAAAUUCAGUCCCGAAAAAAUUGCAGUUCGAGUCACCAAUUUCACCAAUAUCCCUGGCGAUGAGCAGCAAAUCGCAGCCCGUCUAGUCCACCACGGCCCCCUUGCAGUCGGGUUGAACGCAGUGUUCAUGCAAACAUACAUAGGCGGCGUAUCGUGCCCUCUGAUAUGUGGCAAAAAAUUUCUCAACCACGGGGUUCUGCUGGUGGGAUAUGGCGCAAAAGGAUUCUCCAUUCUGCGGCUAGGUAACAGACCGUAUUGGAUCAUCAAGAACUCGUGGGGAGAAAAAUGGGGGGAGGACGGGUACUAUCGCCUCUGUCGAGGCCAUAACAUGUGUGGGAUGAGCUCUAUGGUCUCUGCUGUCAUGACAAAAACCUCUUGAGGACUAUCGGGUAUCUUUAUAUGUAAAUUAUGUAUGAAAAUUGCGUGGUAUUUGCUCCUUGCUACCAUGGAGGAACUUUGUUCAAGCUUUUGUGGUUUUAAGCAUGGUGUGCCACUAAAUUUUACGAAAUAAGACUGAUCGAACAAGUGAUUUUCUGGAA